AUAAUACCUACCCUACCCUUCCUUUUAGUUGUCUCGGGAUCCUUUUCUGGUGUCCCUGGUUCCCCUCUCAUCUCUUUCUUGUUUUCUUGCGGUUAACAAGAAAAAUAAACCCUAGUUUCGGUUCCUCUCUGAUUCUUGAAGAUCAAGAUUUCGAGUCUGUUGUGAUUAUCUUGAGUUCUGGUAUCGAAUCUAUAAAACCCAACACUUCCUUUCCGUUCUCUCGUCUUCCAUUUCUCCAAUUCGCUUUCCUCUCUCUCUCUCUCUCUCUCUUGUGUUCUUACGGUUAACAGAGAAAAAUAAACCCUAAUUUAGCUUCUUCUCUGCUUCUUGGAGAUCAAGAUUGUGAGUCUGGUUGUGAUUAUCUUAGUUCUGGUAUCAAAUCUAUAAAUACCAACACUUUCUUCUCGUUCUCUUACUCUCCAUUUCUCCAAUUCGCUUUCCGCUCUCCCUCUCUCUCUCUCUCUCUCUCUCUCUCUCUCUUUCUUGUGUUCGUGCGAUUUAGCAGAGAAAAAUACGCCCUGAUUUAGCUUCUUCUCUGCUUCUUGGAGAUCCAGUUUGAGUCUGGCCGUGGUUUUCUGGAGUUCUGGUAUCGAAGCUGUAAAACCCAAUCUUCUUUUUUCGUCCUCUCGUGUUCCAUUUCGCCAUAUCUCUUUCUGUUCUGUCUCUCUUUCUUGUUUUCUUACGAUUAACAAGAAAAAUAAACCCUGAUUUCUCCGGUUCUUUGGUUCUUGGAGAUCCAGAUUUUGACUCUGGUCGUGUUUUCUUGAGUUCUGGUAUGAGCUUUCAUGCAUUUUUCACAUUUCGGGCAUUGCAGAUCAAGGAUUCCAAGGAAGAAUGUCGGGGUUCGUAGUAGGUUACGCUUUAGCGCCAAAGAAACAACAGAGUUUCAUUCAGUUGUCUUUGGUGGAUCUUGCUAAGGACCGUGGUAUUAAUCUCAUACGUAUCGAGACGGAUAAGCCACUUUUAGAUCAGGGUCCUUUUGACUGUGUACUACAUAAAUUGUCUGGUGAUGCAUGGAAGCAGCAGUUGGAGGAUUACUCGAUUAAAAACCCUAAUGUCUUUAUAAUUGAUCGUCCAGAGGCCAUCGAAAGGCUUCAUAAUCGAAUUUCUAUGCUCCAGGUGGUUUCCGAUUUGGAAAUCCCUCAGGAGAAAGAGACGUUCGGGAUACCUAAGCAGAUUGUGAUAUACAAUUCAGGGGCAUUGUUGGAUCCGGCCUCACUGGAGGGCCUGAGGUUUCCGGUGAUUGCGAAGCCGCUCGUGGCUGAUGGUAGUGCUAAGUCGCACAAGAUGUCACUCGUGUUCAACCGUGAUGGGUUGAGCAAAUUGAAGCCACCGAUCGUUCUGCAAGAAUUUGUGAACCAUGGGGGUGUCAUCUUUAAGGUCUAUGUUGUUGAUGAUUACGUGAAAUGCGUGAAGAGAAAGUCAUUGCCAGAUGUCUCGGAGGACAAAUUGGGGAGUUUGGAGGGAACAAUGUCGUUCUCGCAGGUAUCCAACUUGACGACUCAGGAGAGGAAUGACGAUAACUAUUAUGAGACCAUGCAUUUGGAUGAUACGGAGAUGCCACCACUGAGCUUCAUUACUGGUAUUGCCAGAGGGUUGAGACAGGCUAUGGGUUUGCAUCUUUUCAAUUUCGAUGUCAUUAGGGAUUCAAGAUAUGGGAAUCAUUACCUUGUGAUCGACAUUAAUUACUUCCCUGGAUAUGCCAAGAUGCCCUCGUAUGAGACCGUUUUGACGGAUUUCUUCUACGAGUUGCAUCGCCAGAAGCAGAAACAAUUAGGAGGCUUGGAUGAGGAAGAGAACCCCGGGGCAAAUCCUCUGCUUGGUUGCAACAAGAAAGAAAGAAAGCUUGUAAGCAAUACUUGCAACGAUGGUGAUGAUGGGACAAUCCUUGUUCCUCCUUUAAGUAGGGAUGAAAAGGAGAACACUGUCCAAGUCUUGAGGGACUUCAAACUCUGAGGAAGUUUGGAUGCAUGUGGCGCUUGCUGAGUACCCGUAAGGAACUUAUGCACUGGGCUGGAUUGAAGCAAGCUGGUGGUCCAAUUGCAAUGAAUAGGCAGUCUCAGGGUUCAAGCAUUCUACUUUCAUACUACUAGAACGAUGAAUAAUUCAGGGAUAAACAUAUGCAGAAAUCAAAUGGGUUUUUCGAUUCAGUCAUGCUGAAUCUGAUUGAGUUCUGGAUUAUAUCAAACAUGCCAUUAGUAGCAGUGAUGUCUUUGGCUUAUGAACUGAGAAACUAGUGGAGAUACUGGGGUAAUGAUGUUUUCGGGAAAAGCUGAGGUUGAGGCUGCUAUUGGAUAAUGGGAAAUUGCUGGGAAGGGUGUUGCUGAGAAACUAGUGGAGAUACUGGGGUUAUGAUGUUUUCGGGAAAAGCCAAGGUUGAGGCUGCUAUUGGAUAAUGGGAAAUUGCUAGGAAGGGUGUUUUAAAAGAAACCGUGAAGAAGAGGACGUUGGUGAUAACUUUAGUUCCAGGUGGUUUCCGAAUUGGACAUUCGGGAUACCUAAGCAGAUUGUGAUCUACGAUUCAGGUACACGUUGGAUCCAAUCUCAUUGGAGGGGGCUGAGGCUCUGCUUGUGGCUGAUGCUAGUGUCAAUUCGCACAAUAUGUCACUCGUGUUCAACUAUUAUGGGUUGAGAAAACUGAAACCACCGAUCGUUCUGCAAGAAUUUGCUUUCGAUGGCCUUAAGAAUAUUAAUGUAUGAUGAUGUGUUAGGGUUCUUGAACGAGUACUAUUCGAGCUCCAUCAGACAAUUUAUGUAGCACACGGUCAAAUGGACAAGAUCCAUCAGAGGUUUAUCCAUAUCAAGAAGGAAAGGAUCAAUACCCAGCUCCUUGGCAGGCUUUGCUAGAAAGAAACCUGGAUGAAGCUCUACUGCUUCUUCAGCGCCUCGCUGCCUUCUUUCCAAAUUUACUUCCUUUUUACCCAGGCCGACCAGUUGCCUUGUGUAUCAAGGUGCGUGGACCCAGUUACAUCGUGUACUAGGUGAUGAAAUAUUCAAUGUGUUGUUUCUGUUGUACUAUGCUUUUUAUGCAAUAACCGGGUAAAAUUUUAGUAUUGUUAAGUUAUUUUUAUUA